AUGACGACCUGCCUGGGCUCACGAGGCUCAGUGAGAUUGGAUGAAGCCACGUCAGAUGCAACAGUCGACAUCCUCUUGCUCGGCUCGGGCUGGACUUCUACUUUCCUGAUGCCUCUGCUCGAUGAACGCAAGCUCACCUACGCCUACACGACCAAAGACGGACGAGAUGGCUCGAUCAAGUUCUCGUUCGAAAGCAGCAAGACGGAGGCACUGUCCGCCGAGCAGACGGGCGAUCUUGAGCAAUUCGAGCGAUUGCCUGCUGCUCAAACGAUCGUCAUCAUCUUUCCGUUGUAUGGCCCAGGCGCUUCCACCCGGCUUGUGAAGAACUACUUGGCGACACAUCCCACUGCUCGACCGCUGUUCGUACAACUCGGCUCAACGGGCAUCUAUGACGGUGGACCGACGAUGCAGCACAACGCAAGUACGGUCGGCAGCGACGACGGCGCAGCCUGGAGAGCGCAAGAUCCCAUCCGAUACAUUGACCGUCACUCGACUUACAAUACUACUAAUCCUCGCGCGGUGGCAGAGGAUGAGCUCCUCUCGCUUUCUCCGACAUUGCAAAGCCAAGAGAAAGACGAUGAAAAGAGUCGGUCAGUCAAAGCAAGCACGACUGUUCUCAAUCUGAGCGGACUGUGGGGUGGUCCGAGAUCGAUCAGAGCUUACGUUGGUAGGAUAGCGCCCACGAAGGAGGCUCUAUCUGCAAAAGGCUCGAUCCACAUGCUGCACGGUCUCGACCUCGCUCGUGCAAUAGUGGCAGUCUCGCUACCCGAUGCCCGAGCGACAACACAGGGACAGCGAUGGAUCGUGUCAGAUACGCGAUGCUACGACUGGUGGGAGCUAGCGAGUGCGUGGGGACUCAAUGGCGAUGAUCGCUCUGCGUUUCCAAAAAAUGCUUCCAAGGCACUUCAGAGGACCGAGAAAGCAGCUGCCACGGGACAUCAAGCCGAGUGGGUCGUGGAAUUGAUGGCGGAGCAAAAAGUGUUUGUCUUGCCCAGAGGACCGGAAAGGCUCCACAGGAUCAUGUCCAGUCUCGAGUUUUGGUCCGCGUUUGGGCUCGCACCCAUCAAGGCCAGGCUAGAGUAG